AUUGUCAAUAAAAACAUCGUGUUACCGUAACUGCUUGUGAAUUUCGUUUUCAACAAAAUUGAGUUGAACUUGUGCAUUUUCGUAUAAUUAGUGCUUUGAAUACAUUUUUAUGUUCUCGUUAAGUGAGGUAGUUUUAAUUGCAUUGCAAUGGUGAAAACCCGUCGCAGUAAUGGAGAGAACGGGGAGGUUGACGAUGGGAAUUAUACUUUAAACGACAUUGGCAGCGUCUCAGAUGAGAAGGCAUCAAAUUGGUCACAGCGAGAACUGCGGAGUAGCCAAUAUAAAGUAACAAGGAAGAUACAACAUUGGCCUACUAAAUAUAGCCGUCGUCGCCGCACGAUCAAAAUGCCACGCAUAAUGUUCCCAGAGAGCGACACCGAACCUGAAAAAUAUUCUAGAAGAUCAAGACAAGUGCGAGUAUUCUUUGCUGAAGACAAUAGUUCUGCUAAUAGGAGUAUGAGGAUUCGUAGUAAGCCAAGAAAAAAUUAUGUAGAAGAUAGUGAAGAUAAACCAAUACAAGAAAAUGUGAGAAGAAGCUGUCGCAAACGUAAACUACUACAUCACAACUUCAAUGAGAGCUGGAUUACCAAUGAGCUUAAGGUCAAGGGAUAUCCUGAUUCAUAUGGCUUCCCUGGUUCAAGUUCGUCUGAUGAAUUCACUUCAGGAGAUGAAGCAAGAAAUACUAAGAAAUUACCCCAUAAUAUUCCGGCCAAUACAGACGAAGACACACAACUGUCUUCACGUCAAAGAAGAACAUCUGCUAGGUUCAAUAAAAAGAUUAAUGAUGCCUCUGAAUCUGAUUCGGAGGACGACAACAACCAAACAGUCAUAGAGAAGAAACCAGCACCUGUAGAGAAGGAAGAGUUGAAUAAAGAUGGUGAAGAAGCACCUCCAGCCAGCGAAAACAACGAGAUUGUGAAGCCAGAACAGAAUCAAGACAGUGAAAGUAAUCAAGCUCCAACUAGAACCACUAGAAGAAAAGGUCGACCUAAGAAAGAAGAUAGUCAACAAGAAACAGAGUCUUCUUCGGAAUCAGGCAGCGAAAUAUCUCUGAGUCGACAACCUCGUCGCUCCAAUCGUACCAGGAAAGCUAAACCGGCGUUCGUACAGAUCGCUCAGCGCGAGACCAGGGGCAGAGCUAAAACAUUCACUAUUAGAAAGAAGCCAUACUCUUUAAGGGAGAGGAAACCCAAAAUUCUUCGUAGGAAAACAAUAAGAUCUCAGUCACCGUCUUGUAGCAGUAGCAGUAGCACGUCAAGCAGCGAUACAGAGGAGGACCUUAAUGUUUCUAUGAAAAAUAAAACCAAGGGAAGACAAAAGUCAAAGUCUACUGAUGACAAGAAAACCGAUAGGGCAUUAAGGGACAUACAACCCGUUGAAGUUGACGGCAGCGUGAGAUUCUCAUCGGUUGGCGGUCUAGAGGAACACAUUAAAUGCCUCCGCGAGAUGGUUCUCUUUCCUCUCAUGUACCCGGAAUUGUUUCAAAAGUUUGGCACUCGGCCGGCUAAGGGCGUAUUGUUCCACGGCCCGCCUGGCACUGGCAAGACUUUAUUGGCACGGGCUCUGGCCAACGAAUGUACGCUGGUUGGCGGAAGGAAGGUGGCAUUCUUCAUGAGGAAGGGCGCCGAUUGUCUGAAGAAGUGGGUCGGUGAGAGCGAAAGGCAUCUCAAGCUGCUGUUUCAACAGGCGAAUAAGAUGAAGCCGUCCAUAAUAUUCUUCGACGAGAUAGACGCCUUGGCGCCGGUGCGAAGCGUAAGACAGGAACAAGUCCAUACAAGUGUAGUGGGCACUCUGCUGGCUGAGAUGGACGGACUGUGUGACCGCGGAGAGGUCGUGAUAAUAGGCGCCACUAAUCGUCUGGACGCGGUAGACCCGGCGUUGAGGCGCGCGGGCAGAUUCGAUCGCGAGCUGUACUUCCCACCGCCCGCUACCGCCGCCCGACGCGAUAUACUGCACAUCUACACGCAGCAUUGGACGCCGAAGAUACCCCACCAAGAGUUGGACCAUAUAGCCCAACUGACCAGCGGAUAUGGAGGAUCGGAUUUAAAAGCACUCUGCUCGGAAGCGGUAUUGAAGGCGCUAAGAAGAGUGUAUCCACAAGUGUACGAUAGCGAAUAUGCACUGCUCAUAGACGCAAAAAAUGUGGAAGUAACCAAACGUGAUAUCCUAGACGCGAUGGAUUCUUUAGUAGCGGCCGGAGCUCGAAGCAGUCCAUUGGCCGCUCGUCGGCUACCUUCACACUGUGGACCGUUAUUGUCUGCGCAACUUCAAGCUGCUUCAUUACUGCUACGGCAUCACCGCCUAACGCAACGUUCGUUAACGCCCAGCGCGUUGCUUAUCACCGGCGAAUGCGCGGAGACAUACAUCGCUCCCGCAAUAUUGGCGGACAUGGAACAUUGUUCCGUCAAAGAGCUCAGUAUGUCGACUCUGCACUCCGCUGUGGCAUUUAGUCCGGAGCAAGCCAUUAUAUCGCUAUUCUCUGAGUGUAGACGCGCAGAUCGCGGUUGCGUAUUGUUCAUUCGGGACAUACUCUCCGUUUGGAAUUCCCUCACUGCGCCCGGUACUGCGCUUCUAUUGCAACUAUGGCGGACUCAAUCAGCUGGCGAUAACACUCUACUGCUUGCCACUACGGAAGCGGCGCAUUCUGACUUACCACCAGAACUACAAGAAAUGUUCCCGCUGUACAAAGAGUGCGUUUAUAAAAUGCGCGAGCCGAACGCCGCCGAAGUGAUCAGUUUCCUCAAACCAUUGGUGGCGGAAGCUUUAUUGGAACCGCCGCCCAUCGAGAACCCAGAACCACCGCCACCACUGCCUAGAGCACCCCCGCCCCCACCGCCGCGUGAAACAGAAGAAGAAAUAGCUCGUCGCAAACGCAAGGAAGACUACAAGUUGCGCGAACUGCGUAUAUUCCUACGGGAUAUUUGUCGAAAGCUUGCCUCCAACCGGCGCUUCUACAAGUUCACCAAGCCCGUCGAUUUGGAAGAGGUAACCGAUUACCUAGACAUCAUAAAGGAACCCAUGGAUCUGGAGACGAUGAUGACCAAGGUCGAUAUGCACAAAUAUAACUGCGCGAAGGAGUUUCUAGACGACAUAGAUCUCAUAUGCGCUAACGCAUUAGAGUACAAUCCGGACAGGACAUCAUCGGACAAACAAAUUCGUCACGAGGCGUGUUCACUCCGAGAUCAUGCGCACGCGCUCAUAGACGUAGAAAUGGACAGCGACUUCGAAGUCGAAUGCCAGGAGAUCGCCAGAAAGCGACGGGAAGAAGGCGACAUGGCCGACAACGACUUGCCAGACUUUAUAUACACUGCUUCUAAUCUACAUUCGACCGGUAACGAGAGUAAGUUGCGGACCCCGCAGAACGGAGACAAGAGCGAUCCUCAGUCGGCGAAGCGUAAACGCAGGCGGAUGAACGCGUGGUCCAAGGGAUUGGUCGCCAAGAGGCAGAAGACUACGCAGAAGACAUUCAAAGACUCCGGCAUGGCGAUAACGGACGAAGAGUCCAAAGAAAACAAGCCUAUAACGUCUACCCCUUUACCAAACGGUGAAGUGACGUCAUCGUCCGAAUCUGACGACAACGCGCCAUUAAGAAGGCCUCAAGAUGACUCCAUAUUUAAUCUUAGCGCGCACACGGGAACAAACAACCAUGUGAUAGACAGUCCAACUAAAUCGUCAGACAAAACGACGGCAAAGACUUCACCAAAGAAAAGGAAUUCAGGGCACGAUUUAAGCACGGAUACAGAGAGAGUACUGAUAAACAAGACUGAGUUAGAUAACGUUGUAUAUAAGAAUGCAAAGGCCCUCCGUUGUAUAGGGCUCAACGCUUUACUGGACCUCCAUACCCAGGCCAGUGAACUCAUCGCGUCAUAUUCUACGAAACACGAUCGCACUAAAUUACCACAAGAACUACACGCGAUUGUCACUAGGUAUCUGCAAAUGGCGAAAUGAAAUAACAAAACUCAUUUCGUUUAUCGAAAAGAUUGAAUUGUCAAUAUUUAGCAUGAGCUAUUGUAUUAUUUUGGAACGGUAAAAGUGUAAGGAGGUUUUUUAUUGGAAACGACAGAUGUACUGUUUGAAUUUUGAGUGGGAAAAUAGCUGUAAGGAGGUUAUUACCAAGUUGUUUGUUUGUAUAGUGAAAUUAGUAAAAGAGGUUGCAUUAGGGAGGGAGGUAAUGGACCUGUUUGGAUUUACGAAGCUUGUUAACUAGAAUGGAUUUCUUGGGUAUAUGGAAUGUUAAAGUCUAGGGAAACGUUGUAUUCAAUGAGACAAGCUGUUAGAACAGCAAAUAGCUAAAAAUUUUCAAAAUGUUCAGUGUGAAGUGACUUUGAAGAUGCGAGAAAUGCUAUGAAGAGUUUGGCAUAAGAAUAUUAUAACGAAUGAGGUUCCUUUCGAGACUUCGAGAGAGAUAUUUGGAAUUAGACAAUCUGAGUUGUAUUCUUAUGGUGGUUGUUGUAUAUGUAAACAAUCCUGAUAAUUUAAAAUUAUUUAUCACAAUACCUACUUAAGUAAAGGAUGUCGAAUUUUUCAUAGACGAGGACAUAUAUUUUUGGUAGGUAGCGAACGAAAAAGUUUAAAAUAGUGGAAUACCUGUCCUUUGAAAUUAUAAGGUAGGGAUUAAGGUUUGUGUCGUUGUUGUUCGAUUUUAAGGAUUUUGGCGUUGGGCAUUCCAUAUCUACGAAGUUGUAAUCGAAACACUGCCUUCACGGCUAUAAAUUAUUUGUAAAUUAUUAUUCGCGUAUUGUAAGGGAAUGUUGAAUGUUACCAUUCCUAAAAAGCCAAAUUGUACGUGAAAUUUCUUGUUACAUUUACAUUAGCGUGAAAUGAAAGAGGUGUAUAUUUCUAUGAAGUAUCUUUUUAAUUUUUGUUUUAGAUGCUUGAGGAAAUUGUAUUUUAGGGUUUGUUGAACAAAGUCAACGAUUUAAUGCUUUCUAAUCUCAGCUGGGUUUUCUAUAAAAUAUGAUAAUAAAAAUAGAUUUCAAAUGGAGUUUAUAUAAAGCGCUAGAAAAGAAUUAGCUAUAAUAAAUAAAUAGUAAUGAAUUAUUUAUUUUUUCACAUAAUUAGAAAAAAAACAUUUACCAUGAUUAAAUAUUGUAUUUAAUUACUUAAUGUGAACACUGGUGCUUGCAAUAGGAUAACCCUGUUCUACAAGACACCAGGCCUCCACUCCCAAAACUACAUGAACAGAGCAAGCCAACUUUGUACCAUUUAUGUGAUCAAUAUAUUUAUUGAUAUGAGAAGUGCUUAAGAAACAAAAAAUAGCACAAUAUUCAAAAUAAUAUAAAAAAAUAGCGAUAGUAUUAUACAUUAAAAUAAUCGAAAUUGGUUUUUCUUGAUGCUGGUACUUACUUGGCUAUUCGUAUUUGCUAUUUGUAAACUUGACAACAGUCUGUCCUUAUGAUGCUUUAUAAGGAAUGAAAAGGACAGACUGAUGUCAUGUUUACAAAUAACUAAGUGAAUUGAAAACAUAACACUAUUUAUGUGUCCACUUGGUGGAAGAGUUGUUCGAAUAUUUCGUCUACAGUCAAGCCUUUAGUUAGUAUUUCAGCAAACCAUAUUCUCGACUCUAUUGUUAAUGUAACAAGCUCGUCCGUUGUCUAGGUUAGUUCUCCGGUUGUUAGGUCCUGGUCUGUGAUAUGUAGAAGUGUCGACUGUAUAUAAAAACUUGAUAUAUUUAUUAUUUCACUUUCGCUAGACGAGUAUCUGUCAUUGUAAUAUCCGUAACACAACCAUAUUAUUUUUACUGAAGUCUGCUGUCAUACGUCUGAUAUAUUUUUUUCGGCUUUCAGGAAAUUGAACAAUGACAUUAAUUUUUACAUAUUACAUGAUUCUUAUUUCCUUACACAUCCAUAAAACGAUAUUAUUAAAUAUUGGUUUUAUAUUUAAUACUAUUGAGUUAUUGGCUAUCACAGGAGUUCGAUGGCGCAAGUGGUUAGCGCUUUUGGCGGUGAUCGUUGAAGUUAAGCAACUUUUGCAGUGGUGGGUCAUUGGAUGGGUGUCCAAAAAUUUUCUUCGGCAGGCACGUUAAGCCUUUGGUACCGGCUGCAUCUGCAGUCGUUAGCACCCAUCAAUGGGUCUGCAUAGUGGGUCAUGGCCCAAUUUCCCUAUUCCAUCGAUAGGGGCUUUUCCUUUGCUCCAGCAGUGGGGACAUUAAUAGGCUGAUGAUGAUGAUUAACUAUCAUCCAGAAUUUGAUGUGGUUUCCCCUAAGUGUGGAGACUAAUACGAAAUAUGAUAAAAUACUACCAUUUUUGGUAAGACGUUUACAUGUAAUUAUGUACUUGCCUUUAGAAGAAAUAAUAUGGUUGAGAUAUUGGCAAUAUUAUACUUAGGUUGCUUCAUUACAAAUAUAGCAUACAACAAAUUCUCAAACUUAUUUAUAUAUACUCUUAUUCAAUAAUUUGGCUUUUUAGGCGUGAAAUGGAUAUUAACGCACUGAUUAUGUUUAAAAGAAUUUAAUUACCAAAUAAGAUGAAUUAACCAUCGUGUUUUUUAUAGAGUAAGGUUGUACUAACAAUAAUUUUAAUCAAAUAAUAUUUCUAGGUAGAAAAAUAAAAUUGUUGUGUGUUUGUAACGUGAACAUUCAAAUUUCACUGCCAUUUUGCUAUCAUUUUUUUUGUCUGUGAUUGGUUAGACAUCGUAAAGUAUUGUUUUAUUAUAUGGACAUAACUGUAUCGUUGAGUCGUUUCUUUAGACACAAGUACAGAGGAUCAUAUUUACCUCAAAAAAAAAAAGUAAUGUUACAAACUAGGACUGUACAGGGAUACUAUAAAGGCAGAAACAGAUUUUUGAAACGCGACGCCUCGCGACGCGUGUUGCGUUAAAUCAAAUAUACUGAUUUCUAUGAUGCCUGUAUGUCGUGAAAUCGCGUGUUGGUAAUGUGCACCGGGGCACAUCGGAUGUCGACACGUCGGGUCGCGUCGCAUUUCAAUAAUAAGUGUGCUACAGUGUCGGUACCCGAUGUACCACAAAUUUUAUUUCCGCCUUAACUAAAUGUCUUAGUCACGGUUCCUACGUAAAAAUGCAGAUGUGACAUUUGGUCGAUUUUUACUUUUUUAUUUAACUGGCUUCCCAUAACACAGCCCUAUUGGCUAAUGAAACGAAAAAAUAAAAUAAUAGGUGCUUUAAUUUUUAAGAUAUCGAAAAUGAAAAACAACAUAACUGCAGUGUUAACAGCCGUAAAAUUUCUGUAGUGACACUAAGUUAUUUAUACGACAGAAAACCACUGCGUGGGCCGCCUUGCGAUAAACACAUGUAGCAGUUACGCGCAUAAGUAUGUGGUAGUUACGAUGGGUAACUCAAUUUUGUUAAAAUAUUAUUCGGUUCGCAGUUACUUAUUGUACGUGGGUACUUAAAUAUUAUUCAAAAAGUAACUGGUAUUUACUACAUUUACUGGUAUCUCUAAAAAUAUUAAUUGAUAAAUGUCAUGUGAACAUUUAGUAAAUACUCAAUAAAUUUGCGUCUAUUGUAUAUUAAAUUAUAAUAAUAAGGUAUUUACCGAAUUUGAACAAUAUUGCAUAUAUGUUUUCGAAGUUAUAAAAGAAAAACUGCAUAAAAAACUUUCAAACCACUCUUCUUGAAAAUAUGCGAUUUAAGGGAGUUAUACGUAGGAGCCGUCGUUAUGCGUAGUUUUGCUUAAACAAAUCGACACGAUGCUACUGUAGCGUAGAUUAGUUGUUAGUACCAGAAAUUGUGAUCAAAUUAAUUUAAAAACUAAUCUUAAAUGGCGAAUGGGUGACUUUCGCUUACAAAUAUCUCACUAAACUUUGCUAUUGUAGCAUAUGUUAGUUCAUGUCACAAACUUUUCUUCAUCAAGGUCAAGAAGAAUAUUUCAGGAAAAGAUAACACCAAUAAGUAAUAAUAAUUAAUGUUUGUAGGUUCAUUAUUUAUACUUAUUUAUUACCUACUAUUUAAGAGUGGAUCCCUGGUACACACCCCGGCAAACUAUAGACAAAAAAGUGCGCAGUAGUAAUUUUACAUACAAAAAAGUCUACUGCGCAAGUUUAUUUGUUUGUGGUUUUGCUCAGAAGUUUGCCGCUAUCUAUACACAUACUAUGCACUCAUAAGGGGUCCGUGUACCCACUUUAAUAAGCCUUUACGAUGUCUAACCAAAGCCGUUUAUUGCAUGAUUGAAUUGUUCAGAUUUUUGCUAUAGUACCUACGUAAAUUGUUGUUAUGUCACGUGUUUGAUCAAAACCAAUUUAUGAUUAUCUUAAUUAAGGAGACACGUAAGUUUCACAUGAAUUCUUGUUUUUUUUAAUAAGUUUUUGUUUUUUUUUUCUUUUUUAAUUAAAAUACAGCAUCGCGGGAAAGCUCGAUGGCGUAGGUGAUAAGCUCAUUCAGCCUGCGAUCGUCAAAGUUAAACAACUUUCGCAAUGGUCGAUUAUUGUAUGAGUGAUCAAAUAUUCUCCUCGGUGCGUAGUUAAAUUGGAAUAAUUAAAUCUAAACACGUAGGCUACAUAUCAAUGAUAAGCUUAUCCUUUACCGUGGACAGGUUAUUGGGACUGACCGUUGAAUCUCGUUUACAUUAAUAAAGUUUAAACUUAAAUUUAGUUUCGAUCAAACAUGGUACCUACCUGCAGUUGAUUUGUAAACACGAGUUGAUGAUAAAGAUGUUUUUUUAAUUGCUAUUUGAUGCAUCAUGAAAUGUAAGGCUAAGAACACACGGAGCGGUUUUUUCUGCAGGCCCCCCUGGGGUAGCUCGUCGCGUCUGGUGGCGCAAAUCGCGCCGUGAGUUUUACGUUUUACCUACAAUUUGACAUGUGAGUUGCGGUCCCGCAGCGUCGGCGGGCGCGGCAGAAGCAGGCGUGAGUUCUUAGCUUCAAUCGUCAAUUUUGUUCAAUAAAAAUCUCACAUUUCUCACAAACGAAAUAGCACGCUAAAGUUCAAUCACCGCCUACUAAUUAAAUCAUUGUGAUGUACCAGCAUUGAUUUGUAAAUCACAAUGAAUAAUACUAAGCCAAUUGUAAAAUUACGCUAAUUUAUUUGAUAAAAUUAGUUAUUUUAUGUGUAAUAUAUUUUUAGGGAAAAUGAGAAAAUUGACUUUAUUUGCUAACUAUUUAUAUUGAACCAAUUGAAAAUCAUUGUUUCACCCAUUAUUUUUUGGUAUUGAUUCACUACUUUAUGGAAUGUGCAAGUACCUGCAGGUUUGUAUUUAUUGAUAAACUUAUUAUAUAUCGAGUGUUAAACGAGCGUUGUUAAGUAGAAAGCGACCAGCGGCCAUUUUAGAAAUAAACGAAAAUUUGUUCUACGAACCUAUUUUAAAGAUUGAUUCCUUUUGAUCCCGGAAAUGGCCUAUGGUCGCUUUCUUCUUUCUCAUACUAUAACAUUGGUCCACAGAACAUAAAUUUGUUAGCUUCAAAAAGCCCGCUGGUCGCUUUCUGCUCUACGCAGCUGUCUGUUGAUUAGGAUUAUAGGGGCAAAAUUAUCAUUUUACACCGAAAUAUAAAAGUUUUCGUCAGGCUAUCCUUUUCUACCGCCACGCAGCUUCGUCGUUUAGAGUAAGACAGGUUUCAUUGGUUUAACAAUUGUUGCCAUUAAUUUUAUUAUUGAUUCUGAAUUAUUCUAUUUUUCUCGUUUGACAUUCAUCCGUCAUUUAUGUAUUAGAAAGGAAUAGAUGACGAAAAAAAUUAACGACGCAAAUUGAUGUCACCAAAGUUUAAAUUUAAUUGAAUUAUAAAAACGGAGAACCUAUUUUUUUUUGGAUAUUCAAUGCAUAUAUUAUAUUUUACUUAUUAAGUAUUCCCAAAACGUUGAAUUCUAUGAAAUGGGUAUGUUUGUUCAUUCAGUCACUCAUACCGUUUGUUUUUUUGUAAACCUGACACUAGUCUCUCCUUAUCACUCCCUAUGUAGUAUGAUAAGGACAGCCUGCUGUCAUAUUGCCAAAUAGCAAAUACGAAUGUGGAGCCAUGUAAAGUGCCGGCGUUGGGUCCACUUGCACCAAAUUUGCUUAAUUUCGAUUUAAUUAAAACUAGAUGCAAACACAUACAAAAAUGUAAAACUUCAAUAUCAGUUUGACAUUCUUGUAUGUGUUAAAUCUAGUUUUCGGUGCAUUUGGGCCUCAUACACUAAAUUAAAAAAAGAAAAGUUCCCUUGGGCAUAAGAACUCGAAAUAAUAGGCAAAUUACCUACAAUGAAUAUAUCAUUCUUAUUCAUCGGCUUAGCGUUUGAAUAAGUGAUAUUGCUAUUUUAAUUUCUGAUACGUAAUCUGCAUGCAGAGGGUGCAUUUUCAAGGGACUUAUUUCGUUUUGCGUACAUUUGCGUUUGCGUUCUUUAAGUAUAGCACUAUUAUUCGGGUUACUAAGUUUCUCGUACUUCCUACUAAAUGAGAUUGCGCUCACAUUCAGUAGAAGGCGUUAAGUUUGCGUUUAAAUAUUCCCAAGGGAUAGUAACAUUAUCAUAGUACGCUGCGGAUUCCACUAGAUGGGGUACAUGACAUAAAAUUUCAAGUUCACGCAAACGAGAUCUAGAAAGUUGGAAAUGCACUCUGUUUUUAAUUUUCUGAAAAGAUUUGUGCAUCUAUGUACUUAAGGCAUAUUUUUUUUCAUCAUUUUUACAACCGGAAUUUAUUUUAUGAUGUCUUCAUUAGUGGUAAGGCUAUAAUAUUUUCUAAAUGUGUAAUUAUUAAUUAACAAAUACAAAGCAGUGUGAUAUUGAAUGGAUAAAGCAACAUUUACAAAGUAUAUAAAAUAGUUACCUCGUACCAAUAAGAAAUUCUAUGCCAUGUAACAUAAAAUACAUUAUAUAUUUAAUGAUCCCGUUUCGAACUCUCACAUCACACUUGUUGUACGAAAACUGAAUCUGCUUGCAUUUGCUCAAUUGGAGUGCCCGGCGAAAUUUGUACGCACUCUGUAGCCACCGUCUCUAGUGUAUAGUUUUGUAUUUAUAAAGUUGUAUUUAAAUGGAACAGAAAUAAAAAGGGUACGAUUACAUGUGAUAUC